AUGGCUGUGGCACGCAAAAUCAAAACUUUGCUGACCGUCAACAUUUUAGUGUUUGUAGGGAUUAUCCUGUUCUCGGUGUACUGCAGGAUCCAGGACCGAUCCGAGGAGCUCAUCCAGAUAGGGCGUAUUUCUGACCAGAGGCUGCGAGCCAGGAAUGGCAAAGUUUCCAACUUGGUGGACAGGCAGUCUAUUAUCCAGAGGCUGGAGAGGCUGGAGGACGUGGUCUACAAUCAACUAAACGGUUUGGCGAAGCCCAUGGGGCUUGUGGAAGGACCUGGAGGACUUGGUCAAGGGGGAGCUGCUGCCACUCUGGGAGAGGACAGCCACGAUGCCGAGGGGAAGUACGAGGAGUAUGGCUACAACGCUCAGCUCAGUGACCGUAUCUCCCUGGACAGGAGCAUCCCCGACUACAGGCCUAAAAAGUGUAAGCAGUUGACAUACUCAGAGGACCUUCCUCAGAUCUCUGUAGUCUUCAUCUUCGUGAACGAGGCGCUGUCGGUGAUCCUGCGAUCUGUCCACAGCGUGGUCAACCACACACCAGCACACAUGCUCAAGGAGAUCAUCCUGGUGGACGACAACAGUGACAGUGUGGAGCUGAAAUUCAACUUGGACCAGUAUGUGAACAAACGCUACCCAGGCCUGGUAAAGAUCGUGAGGAACAGCAAGCGGGAGGGCUUGAUCCGAGCCAGAAUACACGGCUGGAACGCGGCCACGGCUCCUGUUGUUGGCUUCUUUGAUGCCCAUGUCGAGUUCAACACUGGCUGGGCUGAACCUAUUCUGACCCGUAUGAAGGAGGACCACACCCGCAUCAUCCUGCCCGCCAUAGACAACAUCAAGUACAACACGUUUGAGGUACAGCAGUACGCCAACGCUGCCCACGGCUACAACUGGGGACUGUGGUGUAUGUACAUCAUCCCUCCGCAGGAGUGGCUGGACAAGGGCGAUGAGACAGCCCCUAUCAGAACUCCAGCUAUGAUUGGCUGCUCCUUUGUGGUAGAUCGGGAAUACUUUGGCGAGAUUGGUCUGCUGGAUCCUGGCAUGGAGGUCUACGGAGGCGAGAACAUUGAGCUGGGCAUGCGGGUGUGGCAGUGUGGGGGGAGUAUGGAAGUCCUUCCAUGUGCCAGAGUGGCCCACAUCGAGCGCACCAAGAAGCCCUACAACAAUGAUAUAGAUUACUACGCUAAGCGCAAUGCCCUGCGGGCCGCGGAGGUGUGGAUGGAUGAAUACAAAUCCCACGUCUAUAUGGCCUGGAACAUUCCCAUGAAUAACCCAGGGGUUGAUUUCGGGGAUGUCUCGGAGCGCUUGGCCUUAAGGAAGAGGCUGCAGUGUCGGAGUUUCCGCUGGUACCUGGAACAUGUCUACCCGGAGAUGCGGAUCUACAACAACACCAUAACAUACGGCGAGGUGAGGAACAGCAAGGCAAGUGGCUACUGCCUGGACCAGGGCUCUGAGGAUGACGACAAAGCUAUCCUCUACCCCUGCCACGGCAUGUCCUCCCAGCUCGCCCGCUAUUCUACUGAGGGGCUUCUCCAGCUAGGACCCCUGGGGUCAACCACCUUCCUGCCUGACACGAAAUGCCUCGUUGACGAUGGCAGAGGACGUACUCCCAGUCUGAAAAAAUGCGAUGCAGUUUCAAGGAUUUCCCAGAGGCUUUGGGACUUUACACAGAAUGGUCCAAUCAUCAGCAGGGACACUGGUCGAUGCUUGGAGGUAGAAAUGUCCAAAGAUGCCAACUUUGGCCUUCGCCUAGUGGUCCAGAGAUGCUCUGGUCAGAAGUGGAUGAUACGAAACUGGAUUAAGCAUCCCAGGCACUGAAGCCAGAGAACAACCUCUGAGACAGUUUGGGCACUGUUUGAAGUCGAUUUUGGAUCUCUAACUGGACAGUUCAGAGCGAAGCAGGGACUGGUGUUGCUAGUGUGCGGUAUUUCACACUAUAGACUGCACUGCACACUGAGCUUCCCUCAGGCCACAGUGCUUCCAACAUUGAGCGUUAAAGAAGAAUAUGAUCAAUUUAUGUGUUCCACUGAGCUGUGUGUUCACAGAGACCUUAUGGCAAGCUGCGCUGUUUGAAAUGGCCCACAUUUCUGACAUUCAGCUACAUGUACAGAACAGAGUAACAAGACACAAGUAACAAGAGUGUCGCCCCUGAAGGUGGUUCAAGACCCUAGUAAUUUUUUUUGUUUUUACUGUAAAACUAGAGAUGAGAAAGAGUGUGCGUGUGUGUGUCUUGCUUUUUUUCUGAGUGCAUCUGAGCAAAUCAAAAGAAAUAAUUGCUGUCAAUUUCCACAUCAAAGUGAUUAUUUUGGGCUGUGAUUUGGAAAAUUGCUUUGGACAUAUUGGGCUGCCUUGGCAAGUCAUGUAAAAUGCUUCAAAGGGGCUGCCCAUCAUCUGAUCGGGAGGCAUUUCACCUGCACUCACAAAAACCACUACAGUUCUUUGUUUCUUUGGACUGUAUUGCUCACUAUGGACGGGAGCAAUCAUGUGCCUUUUUUCUCAUUUUUCUGCUUCAUCUGACCAGGGAAUGUCAGUCCCAAA